AGCACCUCGAACGCGGGCGUAUGUAUCAAGUAUAUGGAAACAGAUAUCUAGACUCGGGCGACCUUCAGCCACAGUCAGCACUAGUCCAACGAAACACAAGACAGAAUGGGACAGAGUGAACACUGCGGCACAGCAUCGGAAGGACACGAAUUCUGCGCGUGUCAUUCAAGUGCUUCCCACGGCCUAUCAAAACAAUCGAUCUAUUGCUGCAAUCUCAGGCGUUAAGGAUCACUCUAUGGCGCACUCAACUUACAAGGAGCUGAUAAAACGUGGUACUAAACCAGACACAGUGACUUAUAAUACAGUGAUCGUUGGUUAUGCGAAAGCUGGCGAACUCGGUGACGCGAUGGAUCUGUACAAAGAAAUGACAAGUGCCGGAUGUCAUCCACAUGUCAAUACAUACACAUCACUCAUAUCCGCAUUUGGACGGACGGGCCAGUGGGAACCAGCUAUCAGUCUGUUACGUGACAUGGAAAUAGCAGGUGUUGAACGCAACACGUUCACCUACAAUGCCACUAUAUCCGCUUGCGAGAAGGGAAAUCAGUGGCAGAAAGCCUUGGAACUGUUUAAUGAAAUGGAGGCCAGGUGUAUCAAACGCGAUACGAUUUCAUAUUAUGCCACCAUAUCUGCAUGCGAAAAUGGGAACCAGUGGCAGAAAGCCUUGGAUCUAUUUUACGAGAUGGAGACCAAGGGUAUCACACAUGAUACAAUUACCUACAAUGCCACCAUAAUCGCAUGCGAGAAGGGAAAUCAGUGGCAGAAAGCCUUAUAUCUGUUUUAUGAGAUGGAGACCAGGGGUAUCAAACGCAAUUCGACUACCUACAGUGCCACUAUAACAGCAUGCGAGAAGGGUAAUCAGUGGGAGAAGGCCCUGGACCUGUUUUAUGAGAUGGAACCUAAGGGUAUCAAACACGAUACGUCUACCUUUAAUACGAUUAUAUCCGCAUGCGAGAAGGGAGAUCAGUGGCAGAAGGCCUUGAAUCUGUUUAAUGAGAUGGAGAUCAAGGGUAUCAAACACGAUACGAUAACCUAUAACGCAACUAUAACCGCAUGCGAGAAGGGAUAUCAAUGGCAGAAAGCCUUGGAUCUGUUUUAUGAGAUGGAAAAUAGGGGUAUCAAACACGAUACGAUUACCUAUAAUGUCACUAUAUCUGCAUGCGAGAAGGGAUAUGAGUGGCAGAAAGCCUUGGAUCUGUUUUAUAAGAUGGACACCAAGGGUAUCAAACGCAAUACGAUUACCUACAGUGCAGCUAUAUCCGCAUGCGAGAAGGGAGAUCAGUGGCAGAAAGCUUUAGAUCUGUUUUACGAGAUUGAGACCAAGGGUAUGAAACGCAAUACUAAUACCUAUAAUGCCGCAAUAUCUGCAUGCGAUAAAGGUCAUCAAUGGCAGAAAGCCUUGAACCUGUUUCAAGAGAUGGAAACCAAAGGUAUCAAACAGGAUACGACGACCUACAGUGCCACUAUAUCGGCUUGUGGGCAGGGUAACCAGUAUAAGAAAGCCUUAGAUCUCUUCAUGGAGAUGAGCGAAAAGAACAUACCACUAGCUACUGGAAGCUAUAAUGCAGUUAUCCAGGCACUAGGCUCUGAUUGUAAGAACAACGACCUUAUCGAUGUGUUGUAUGAGGACAUGCUUAGAAGUCUGCCAGAGUUUGGUCAGCGCUGGCUUCGUGUUAACAAGCAAGGAGAGCUGGAUCUGCACGAUCACUCGCAAUACAUGGCACAAGCCGCAACGAGACGGCUACUACGUGUUCUCCAGACACAAGAGGGCUGUGAUUCCCAUGAGAAAGGUUCGAACUUCAAGUGCAUCAUCGUGGGCCAGGGCAACAACAGCGCUGAUGGACUACAGCUACUGAAAGCCGUGCAGGCACAACUGGAGAGUCUGAGUCCCCCAAUUGCAUCCCACACCCAGUCUAGGAAUAAGGGUCGGCUAGCACUUAGUAAGCGUGAUUUGAGUGAAUGGCUGAAGCAUAGCGAAUGAGGGAUUGCGAGUCAAUACCUUCAAUGAUUUUGUUGUGACAAUGAUACAUCAUGAUAACACACUGGUGCACAUUCCGUGUAUGAGCACUUCCGAUACUUGAUGGAGUAUUUGAUGGUGAAUUUACUGCAGUGGUCUAACUAUCAUUGGAUGUCUGGAAAAUCAAGGCCAUGUAUUUUAGUUUGGACUGGUUGGUCGACCCUCAUUGCGGAAUGCUUGAUUUCAUACAAGUACAAAGUCAACAGGUAUGGGCUGAACACCAGGUGUACACCAAUCAGUAAUUGAAUACGCAUAGGUAUACACUUAACGGCUACAGCAUUUUCGGGAGUCCAAGAAACAGCUCACCAUCUUGACAAUAUUAUAAGGCCUAAAUGAAGGAUAUAUCACUAGAUCUUUUAUGUCUAUAUAUACAUACAUACACACAUCUAAAUAUAUAUAUAUAUACAUAUAUAUACACACACAUAUAUAUAUAUUUAUGUAUAUGUAUAUCUUAUAUUAUAUAUAUAUAUACAUACAUAUAUAUAUGUAUGUAAAUGUAUUAAUAUAUAUAUAUUAUAUAUAUAUAUAUUUAUAUUUAUAUAUAUAUAGAUAAAUAGGUAGGUAGAUGGAUUUAGAUAUAUAUAUAUAUAGACAUAUUGAUAUGAAUUUACUAUGAUCUCGCAAACAACAUACAUAAUCCCAAUGGCCUCGCCGAAAAUUGUCAUUUUGGACUGUAUCCAUCCGUAUCCGAACCUACAUGUAGGUAUCACAAAGAUCCUCGUGGCUUUACAAACACACCAAUAUAUAUAUAAUGACGGAACACAAUUUGUGCUGCGAUAUAGCCCCCCAAAUAAACCUGUUUUCGA